UGCUUUUGCCUAUUUAAAUGAGCAACAAGUAUUCAGAAUUCACUACAUUCCAAACAACACAUAAGAUUUAAUUUGCUAUAGCUACCUGUGUCAUCAAUAUAAAGAUUCUCUCCUCCUUCUGCAUUUCUUUUCUAACCAAAGAAUGGGUAAAAGCAUCAUGAGUUUGGGUGGUUGGUUAAGCCUACUUAUGUGUGCACUUGCGAUUGCGACGAUGAAUGGUCAAGUCCGCAGCCAAGACAAACUCAACUUUACUUUGCUAGAGACUGCUGUUCCAAUUGGAGCAGUUUGUUUGGAUGGAAGUCCACCGGCGUAUGCCUACGUUGAGGGAUCUGGAAAUGGAUCUACCAACUGGAUUGUUUACAUGGAGGGCGGUGGAUGGUGUGUAUCACAACAAGAUUGUCUGAAUAGAUCACGAACUUAUUUGGGAAGCAGUCAACCGCAGUAUACUGAUCAAAGAGGAGUCAGUUUCACAGGAAUACUCGACUCAUAUACUGAAUUUAAUCCUUAUUUCUACAAUUGGCAUAAAGUUUAUAUUCAUUAUUGUGAUGGCUCCGUGUAUAUGUCGGACAUCGACCAAGUUGAUCCAAGUAACAACCUCACAUUUCGAGGUGGGAGGAUAUAUGAUGCUAUGAUGGAGGAGAUGCUUCACAAAGGAAUGGGGCAUGCCCACAAUGCUAUCUUGACGGGGGGCUCGGCAGGUGGAUUAUCCACAAUCCUUCACUGCGAUAGAUUUCGAGCACUGUUUUCUAAUACAACUAAAGUAAAGUGCGUUUCGGAUUCUGGUUUCUUCAUUCGAGGAGAGGGUGAAUUGGCAAACGAAAGUGGGCGGCAUUUUGCUCAAGUCAUUGCAACUCAUGAACUAGCUGCAUUAUUGCCUAGAUCAUGCACAUCAAAAAGGGAUCCCAAUUUGUGUCUCUUCCCUGAGUAUUUGGUUGGAGAUAUUGCCACGCCACUCUUUUUAGUAGAAUCGGCUUUUGAUACCGUUCAGAUUUCGAACAACUUCAUAUAUACUGUUCGUGGUGGAUGGGGGCCGACCCAAUGGUCCAAUUGCUUCAAUGACUUGGCAGGAUGCAAUUCUACACAGACAGGGAUCAUAAAAGAUUUUGGAGCUAUUUUUAUUGAGACAUUGUUGAAACUCAAUAACUCUUGGAGUGGAGGGAUGUUUGUCGAUAGCUGCUAUCUUCAUACCCACAUCUUGGAAAGAUAUAAUUGGAUAUGCUCACCGUCACUUCACAAUAAAUUAUUUGGUGUGCAGACAAUGGGGCAAGCUAUUGCUGAUUGGUUCUUUGAAGGAAGUUCAUUUAGGGUGAUAGAUAGUGAUAAUGUUUUGCCACAGAGAUGUAGGGCUCCUGACAAUGCCAAAAUAUGUCUUGCCCCCUCCAUCUCAUAAUGCCCUACUUCAAUUCUUAUGUAUCUCAUGUUAUCAUUUCUACAUGUCUCAAUAUCUAGUUGUUACAUAUCUACAAACACCAUUUUAUUAUUAGUAUCAAA